AUGGGCCACACGAAAAAGAAAUCUCAGAAAUCAUCUGACACAGAACCGGAUUUAAAGGUGUCAUAUUUUCAAAUAUUCCGUUAUGCAACAUGGAUAGAACUAAUGGCUACCAUUUUGGGUUUUCUGGCGGGUGUACUGAGUGGUGGCGGUGUAUGCUACAACUUGGUACAAUUCGGCGAAUUAAGUACAGCUUUUGUAGAGAGGACAGCACGACAGGAUGAACUCUCCAGCUAUAUGCCUUUGACUACGUUAUUUGGAGGAGGACGGAGAUUAUGCAAUGCUUCACACGAAGAAAAUAUGAAGGCUCUCGUUGAAGAUGCAACCGCGAUGGCCAUUGGAAUGAUUGUCAGUAUCGUUAUAUCUAUAUUACUGAGUAUGAUUUCUAUUGCUCUUAUCAGCUGGAGUGCCUUACGUCAGAUUACAAGAAUAAGGCUGUUAUUCCUGGAAGCCGUACUUCGGCAGGAUAUGUCAUGGUUUGACACAGAUACUGAAUUUAACUUAGCAUCUAAAAUGUCUGAAAAUAUGAUGAAACUCAAGGAUGGUAUGGGAGAAAAGUUAGGUGUGGUAGCAAAUUUAAUCGGAACUGCUAUUAUAUGCCUGUGUCAGGCUUUCCCUAUGGGAUGGGAGCUGACUCUUGCAUGUGUAUCUGUGGUACCAUUUUCUAUAACGGCAUCCGUCAUCUUAUCCAAUUAUCAAACUAAAUCAUCUAUUCGAGAAAUGGAGUCCUACAGUCAGGCUGGUAAGCAAGCUGAAGAAGUCCUAAAAUCUGUCAGAACUGUCGUCGCUUUUGGUGGAGAGACUAAAGAAGUAGACAGGUAUUGCCGUCUUUUAGAGCCAGCGGAGCUGUACGGCCGAAAGCGAGGUUUAUAUACAGGAUUAGGAACAGGUUUUAAUUGGCUACUAACAUAUUCUUUGAAUGCCAUUGGUCUCACAUAUGGUGCAAGAUUAGUAAUCAUCGACUUUGACAAGCCCACCGACGAUCGAACUUAUCUUGUUGGUGUUGUCUUCAGUAUUCUUUUCAGUGUAUACAUGGCUACACAGUCAAUUACCUUUUGCGUUCCCCAUGCAGAAGUAUUUGCUUCGGCUCGAGGUGCUGCAGCUACCAUAUUUAAAUUAUUAGAUAGAGAACCUACAAUAGAUGCCCUUGAAAAAGGAGGAGUCCAACCACGGCGAGUGAUCGGAGAGAUUUCGAUAGAGGAUGUUCAUUUCAGUUAUCCAUCCAGGCCUAAUGUCAAGGUUCUACAAGGGUUCUCACUCAACAUUAAGGCUGGAGAGUGCGUAGCACUUGUAGGAUCAUCAGGUUGCGGCAAAUCGACUGUUUUACAACUCCUGCAACGAAUGUACGACCCACAUAUUGGCACUGUUAAACUUGAUGGUAAAAAUGUAAAGAAUUUAAAUUUAGGCUGGCUUCGAUCUUCUCUAGGGGUAGUGGGACAAGAACCUGUACUAUUUCGUGGCACUAUUCACGAAAAUAUAACUAUAGGCAGCCCUGAAGCAACUCGGGAAGACGUUCAGAGAGUCGCUGAAAUGGCAUACGCCCACGAUUUUAUCGGUCAUCUAUCUAAUGGCUACGACACUAUAAUCGGUGAACGGGGGGCAUCUUUGUCAGGAGGUCAAAAACAGCGAAUUGCUAUCGCCCGAUCUUUGUUACGUGAGCCGGCAGUUUUGCUCUUAGACGAAGCGACAUCAGCCCUCGAUCCUCAUUCGGAAAGACAGGUGCAAGCAGCACUGGAUAGAGCUAGCGCUGGACGAACUACACUUAUGGUGUCACAUAGAUUAUCUACUAUUGUUAACGCUGACCGUAUAAUUUGUAUGGAUCAAGGAAUAAUCGUCGAGCAAGGAACUCACGAAGAGCUUAUGAAAGCUAAAGGUUUUUACUAUAAACUUGUAACUACGGGUAAUGAGAACAAGGAACCAGAUGUUAUAGAAACUUUACCAGAAGAAGAAAAUGGGGAAGUAGAGGCUGGUGAAUUGACCUUAGUACCCAGAUUAGACGUUAAGCGAAGAUCCACUAGAAGAUUAGUUAGACAUCAUUCCACAAAGAGAGAGUCUCACGACUGGAUGACUCCGCGUGGAUCUAUCUCGUCCGUUAUGUCCACUGGUCUUCAAAACUUCAUGUACAAUGCUGAUUACGACUCCGAUGAAGAAAAAGAUGAUGAUGAGGAAGUACAACAAGUUAGUGAUUGGCAACUUUUAAAAUUAAAUGCCCCUGAAUGGCCCUAUAUAGUAAUAGGUUCAAUUGCUGCAUUUCUUCAAGGAUCCUGUUUCCCUGUGUUUGCACUUCUUUUUGGAUUUAUGUCGGGAAUUUUCAUCUUGCCUGAUCGUAAUGAAAUCGUAUAUUUAGCAGACUUUUAUUCAGGCAUGUUCCUCGUAGUGGCGGCAGUUGCUGGACUAUCAAUGUGCCUGCAAAGUUCAGCAUUCACAAACGCUGGUUUAAGGAUGACUAAACGCCUUAGACAACAGUAUUUCUCAGCAUUACUGCGACAGGAAAUAGGUUUCUUUGAUAAAGAUUCGAACACAGUAGGAGCAAUGUGCGCGAGAUUAAGCAGUGACGCAGCCGAGGUUCAAGGCGCUACUGGCCUGAGAAUUGGUCUCAUCUUGCAGGGCAUGAGCUCUGUAAUAGUUGGGUUCAUCAUGGCCAUCUGCUAUAAUUGGAAGCUAACUCUUGUCGGCACUGCUUUCCUACCUCUAAUGGUCGGAAGUAUAUGGCUAGAGGGAAUAGUUUCUCAAAAAUCACAAACAGACGAGCGCGCAGCUAUGGAAUCAGCAACGUCAAUUGCAACAGAAGCAGUUAUAAGUAUUAAGACUGUUCAAAGUUUAGGUGUAGAAAAAACAUUCUUGAAUAAGUUUAAAGAGGCUUUAGAACACUCAUGUGCUGCUGUCGCCAAAAAGACAAGAUGGAGAGGUCUAGUCUUGGGUUUAGGAGUAUAUGUACCAUUUAUGUCGUACUGCAGCGCUACCGUCUAUGGGGCCAUACUAGUGGCUAAUGAAGGACUGGAAUAUAAAAUUGUAUUACUUGUUAACGAAGCCCUGCUGUAUGGGGCAUAUAUGUUAGGUCAGUCUCUAGUUUACGCACCUAGUUUUAAUUCUGCGAAAGCUUGUGGAGCAAGGAUUCUAUCAAUUAUUAACAGGGAACCUAAAGUAAAAACUGAAAGUGGCCUGAAAGACAGAAAAGACUGGAUAGCAACUGGAAACUUUCUUAUCAAAGAUGUAGAGUUUAGCUAUCCUACUAGACCUAACCAGAGAAUUCUGAAGGGAAUAGACCUGAAAGUGGAGGCUGGUAAAACGGUUGCAUUAGUUGGAUCGUCUGGCUGUGGCAAGUCUACGGUACUGCAAUUAAUGCAACGAUUCUAUGAUCCAGAUAGUGGAAAUAUAGAGUUAGAUGGGCGGGACACCCGAACUUCAGUCACACUUCCACGGCUAAGGAGGCAAUUAGGAGUAGUUCAACAAGAACCAGUCUUAUUCGAUCGCACCAUUGCGGAAAACAUAGCAUACGGUGACAAUAACCGUAAAGUAACAAUGCACGAGAUUAUUGCAGCUGCCAAAGCUGCAAAUAUUCAUAACUUCAUUGUGUCAUUGCCCAAGGGUUACGACACAAAUUUAGGUGCAAACGGCGCUCAGUUGUCAGGGGGACAGAAGCAAAGGAUUUGUAUUGCAAGAGCACUCAUACGCUCGCCGCGACUGCUUCUACUUGAUGAAGCUACCUCAGCCUUAGACGCCAAUAGUGAAAGAGCAGUCACAGAGGCACUAGAAAAGGCUGCAAAGGGAAGAACAUGUAUCACCAUAGCCCAUAGACUCUCUACUGUUAAAGAUGCAGAUAUUAUAUGCGUUUUAGAUAAAGGUAAGAUCAUCGAGAGAGGAACGCACAGUGAGUUAAUCAACUUGAAGGGCUAUUACUGGCGUAUGUGUAAAGGACAAAAAAUGGCU